AUGAAUACGGAUAAAAAAAAUCAAGAAAGAAAUGAGGUGAUAAAAGAAGUUCAAUCUAAUGGAGAUACCGAGAAAAAUUUGACAUCUGUUUGGUCACCUCAAUCACGUAAGGAAGUUAACAUAGAUUUGAAUGAAUCUAUGGAAUAUGCAGUAAACGGAGAGAAAAUUGAGAUAGAUGCUGCAACAAAUACACGAAUUCUUCGUAAGAUGGAUAUAUGUUUAUUACCCAUUAUGUGUUGCCUAUAUUGCUUUCAGUUUAUUGACAAGACUGUUAACUCUAUGGCAUCUAUUAUGGGAAUGAGAGAAGAUUUGAAAAUGACUGGUAAUAAAUACCCCUGGACAGGAACCGCAUUUUAUAUUGGAUACUUAGUUUUUGAAUUUCCUGUAUCUGCGUUGUUGUAA